AUAUGCUUUUGUCCUUUUUCCAUGCUUCAUUAAAUUGGUCAAAAAGAUCUAAUAUAUUCUAAACAAUGCUACAAACACAACCACAUGGUCAAAAAAACACACCCUUCUUUCUCAAUCUUCGUUGAUUAAUUGUUUCAUAGAAAAUUGUUUUUAGUUUAACUUAAACCUAAUCACAUCACAACAAACCUCUUACUGUUUCAUUUGGAAAUUUGUGGCCAUUAUCAUUCAUCAUCAACAUCGUCUUUGACUUCCUAGUUACGACGCUUAGGUUGGUUUGUAUCAAAGGUGAAGGUGGUGAGAGUUGGGUAGAGAUGGCUCAGAAUCCAAGAGUUAUGCCAAACUGUGUUUAUGCUUCUAAUCCCUAUCAUGAAUGCACUUCUAAUUGUUUGCAGAAGAUCAAGGAAUCAAAUUCCAAGCCACCUAAGAGUAGAAAGAGUUUUGCUUAUCGCAAAAGUUUUACGGAUGUUGGUAAAACCAAAAAGGUGAACGAAGAAAAACACACGCUCUCAGGCUGUCCUAAAGCAUCCAACCCUUACCAUGAGUGCGAUGCAAAUUGCCAGAAAAGAAUGUCAGGAGCCGAUUCAGGUGUCAUUUCAUCAAAGUUUGAUAGGAGAAUUACGACAGGUUCUAAGCCUGAACUCCCGGUUCUUGACAAUAUUCCACCCUCAAAAGUCGGAGCUAUUUAUCUCAGAGAUGCUGCUUCACCCAUAUCAAAAUAUUAUGAAACGAAAAAGUUGGAGCCAAAACGCAAUGAGAUAGUACCAGCUUCCGAUGAACAACAUACCCUCGAUGUCAAGCCUGGCAAUGGAAAAGUCGAACCAAAGCAAGCAGGAGACAGAAACUCUUCACCGAAAGUUGUUCCAAUUUCCUGCAUCGAUGACAUUGGAGAAGAUGUAACUUCAGCUGGUGCAUCCAAGCACUUCAGUUAUUCUGAUAUCGUCUGUGAUAACGAAGACAGUGAUGAAGAGGAGAGUGAUUCUGUGGUUUCCGAGCGACGUGUGCCGGUUGGAAAAUACCAUGUGAAGGAAAGCUUUGCUUCUAUCUUGCUAUCCAUCAUUAAAAAGUACGGUGAUAUCGGCGAAAGCUGCCAUUUGGAAUCCGUCGUGAUGCGGUCCUAUUACAUCGAGUGCGUGUGCUUUGUGGUCCAAGAGCUGCAAUCGUCCUCGAUAAUGCACUUAACAUCGUCCAAAGUCAAGGAACUGUUGGCCGUUCUUAACGAUGUAGAGUCUGCUCAACUUCGCGUGGAGUGGUUGCGUACAAUCGUCAAUGACAUUGCUGAAAACAUCGCACUCAUCAACGAGCACCAGACCGUGGAAACGGAGAAGGCUAUCUCUGAGAAAGAAAUGAUAUCAUUGAAGAAAGAGCUUGAAUCAAAAACUGAAAUUCUUGUUCAGAAAGAACGUGAGGUGGCAGAUAUUAAAACGGAGAUCGACGGAAUCAGAGAACGUCUCGGCGAGCUUGAGGUGAAGUCAUCUGAUUUGGAGAAGAACAUGUUGAGUAUCAAGUCAAAGGUUGAUAAUUUGGAUAGCAGAUCCUUGCUAGAUGAACUACUUUAAUUAAUAAUAAUGUAAACUUGAUAGGUAAUAUGCAUAACAAGUUAGAACAUGCAAUGCAAAUGAAUCAAUAAACUCAUGGGAACUAUAUGCUAUAUUUUCAAGCUAGGUAAAGCUAUGAUUAUAUGAUAGUAAUACACAUUAAACA